AUGGCUACUUCUAGAUCCACCGGUGCAAGGGCCCUGGCCACCGCCGCCGCUACCCCCAGUUCCCCGCCUACAGCCGACUACAAAGUCCUCUCCUCGAAUCCGUCUCUUCAGCCUGAACAAGACUCAGGUCCAUGGCGAGUGCCCCUCGACCAAUCAGACCAGGUCCGUCUUCAGCUCGGUCUCGCCAGAGAGGCAAAGCAUGGCUCUGCCUACGGCCCCGAUCCCAAGUUACUGGACAUGAGGUUCAAGGCUCAGUCACCCUCAAGACUUCUUCUCGAGAUAGAGAAUGCACACCGUCGAGCCUGGAAGGUCCCCGAGUCCAUCGUCCCCCGAUUUCCUCCCAAGCAAGCCCUCAAUCGUAAUCAAUCUGGCCAAUUAGAACAAGCUUUGGAUUACGAAGUUGUUUGGAACGACCGUGGGUCCUUUGCUUUCACUGUCGUGAGAAAGGCCACGGGUGAAAAGCUGUUCGAUACCUCCUCCUUGGGAUUGACCAUGUCGGAUCAGUACCUGGAGCUCUCGACCCGCCUAGUCGGUGGAUCGACCCACGGACAGGCCGCCAAUCUCUUUGGUCUAGGCGAGAACGUUGGUCCAUUGCGUCAUAAGACAGGGACGACCACUACGCUUUGGGCGCGCGACAGCCCCUGCAAACCCAACAUUAACCUCUACGGAUCCCAUCCUUUUUACAUGGAGAUCCUGCCCUCUGGAGCGGCCCACGGUGUUCUGCUGAUGAGCUCCAAUGGGAUGGACAUCAUUCUCUCGCCCAAGGGCGACCAACUGACCUACAAAGUCAUCGGAGGCACCAUUGAGCUCUACAUCUUCACGGGCCCCACGCCUCAGCAGGUCAUCCAACAAUACACCGAGCUCAUCGGUCGGCCCUGCAUGAUCCCCUAUUACGCUCAGGGAUUCCACAUCUGUCGGUGGGGCUACAAUACCCUCGACAAGGUCAAGACCAUCGUCUCCAACUUUGAAAAGAACUUGGUGCCCCUCGAGGCCAUGUGGAUCGAUAUCGAUUAUAUGAAGGACUACAAAUGCUUCACCUUUGACGAGGAACGGUUCCCAAUCAAGCAACUAGCAGAGUACGUGGACGAAUUGCAUUCUCAGGACCAACAUAUGGUCAUGAUCCUCGAUCCAGGCAUCAAGGUCCAGUACCAGCGCGGUCUCUAUGAACCCUACGACGAGGGUGUCGACAAGAACCUCUUCAUCAAGAGACGGGUCACCAAGCUAGAGGAGACCGAAGACGGAACAAAAUACCAUGACGGCGAUCUGGUCGAUUUCGUCGGCAAGGUCUGGCCAGGCAAGACCACGUUCCCGGACUGGUUUCAUCCCGAGGCUCAGGCUUACUGGACAAAACACAUUGGUCAGUGGUGCCGUCAGGUGCCCUUGGACGGGAUCUGGAUCGAUAUGAACGAGGCCGCCAGUUUCCAUGACGGCGACUGCUCGCAUAUCGAAUCUUCAGAAGAUCGUCCUGUGCGUGUCUCGGAUUUUGCACUGGCCGAGGCCGAUGAUGAGGAGGGCGAGGCCGUGGUCGAAGGCGGCGGCAAAGUGCAGCAGCCUCAGCAUGCGGGUUCCCGCACCAAGAAACAACAGGACAAGGAAACCGUUGUCCGCCCACUCGAGUCCGCGCAGCCCAAGGAGACCAUCGCCAUGCAUGAACACCAAUACGAGGAGAAACAUGAUCCUCACUAUCUGGAGAGACAGCAGUCUGGCGGCGAGUCCCUACCGAUGCACAGGAACCAUGAGGGCCAAGAACCCAGACCCAAUGUGGUCUACGCUAACGCGAAGCAGCCUCCAUACCGUAUCAACAACAACAACGAACACGCGGAUCUCGAAUACCGGACCAUUUCUCCCGACGCUCUGCACCACGGUGGUGUCACAGAGUACGAUGCCCACAACCUCUAUGGCCACAUGGAAGGUAUUGCCACUUAUAAGGCCAUCCGAGAACUGCAGCCGACGCGGAAACCGUUCGUCCUCUCACGUAGUACCUUCCCGGGCUCUGGUCGCUUCGUCUGCAAAUGGAAUGGCGAUAACUGGUCGACCGAAUACGACAUGAAGCAAUCCAUCCCCGGGUUAUUGAACUUCCAGUUCUUUGGUAUCAGCAUGAUCGGCGCCGAUAUCGGAGGGUUCGGUGACACCGCGUCGGAGGAGCUCCUGAUCCGUUGGCAUCAACUAGGCUCGUUCUACCCCUUCAUGCGGAACCACAACUGUCUGAACAACCCCCCACAGGAACCCUAUGUGACCAAGGACCUGUUGGAGGUCAGUCAGAAUUACAUUGAGAUGCGCUACAGACUGCUGCCGUACUGGUACACCCUCUUCUAUCGAGCCCAUCAAGACGGUCGGAUGGUCUGCUCGCCCGUGUGGAUUCUGGACCCCAGGGAUGAAAACCUGCUCGUGAACGAUACACAGUUCCUGGUCGGAGAAUCCAUCCUAGUCUCACCUGUGCUGAAGCUCAAGCAAAAGACUGUCAAGGCUCGAUUCCCGGCGGGACGAUGGUACAAUUUACACACAGGUGCACUGGAGGUGCUUGUGCCCCGUAGGACGGACGAUACCGCCCAGGGUAGUGUGAGCCAGGUCUAUGAGAUGGAUGCGCCCCUGAAAAAGAUCCCUGUCCAUGUCUGCGGAGGAAACAUCCUGCCCCGUGCUGGCAUUCCAGCCGGAGAAUUCAUCCGGACGACGACCCAGGUCCGGAAGGCGCCUUUGGAGGUCUUGGUGGCAUUGGAUGAAACAGAGUGUGCUCGUGGAGAAUACUAUCAUGACGACGACUCUCUUCAGGCCGCGGACGGCACGCUCGUCAAAUUCGAGGCACGCCCUGGAAUGCUGACCAUGACCUCCUUGGCCGCGGAAGCUCUUGUGGACCCAUUGAAGGCGCCCCCUCGUGGUGCUCGUUCUAGUGCUAGUGCUGUUGCUGCUUCUACAGAGGACGACAGCGGACUGUGUGUGCCACAGGGAAGGAGCGAUUUGAGGCCUACGUUUGUACAGUCGGUCGUCGUGUGGGGAGUGGGCAUGGACCCUGUGGUGGCGGGCAAGGUCCCAAAGAACCAGGGCGCAGCAGCGUCCUCGAGUCAGGUGGAGGCACACCAGGUCCGAGUAUCGAUCGUGAGCGCAGUCCCACCCGAGACAGAGACUUUGCAGCAUCAGCGCGAGUUGAGCGCGGUGCCUGCAGAAGACUUGGCUGUCGAAUGGGAUGCUUCAAGGGCGCAGCUCGUGGUUCGAUUCAAGGCGCCUGAAGGACUCAAGAUCCGCGGUGACCAGGCACUGGAGAUUGACUGGACGGAGGCGCUUGUUGCGUAG